CACGCAUCUGCACCUCAGCCUCUUUAACCCCAACCAAUAGAGAGAGAGAGAGAGAACGCUAACGAAGACACACUCAUCGGAAAAAGGUCAAACUAGUGGUGGGUCCCGAUUUCCACAAAUGGACAACGGAGCGGCGGGCGUGGGUCUCGCCGCCGAGGAGCUCUCGUCGUCGUCCCCGAUGGCGGCGUUAACGGGGUGGACCUACGGCGUUUCCAGGCGGUACCAGCACUUGCUCGACAAGUCGACGCCGCACAUGCUCCGCCGCUGGAUCGCGACCCUGGUCGUGGCCUUCAUCUACGUGGUCCGCGUGUAUUUCGUCCAAGGGUUCUACAUCGUCUCCUAUGGCCUCGGGAUCUACAUCCUCAACCUCCUCAUCGGCUUUCUCUCUCCUCAGGUGGACCCCGACAUCCAUGAACUCUCCGAUGGGCCUUCGCUCCCUACCAGAGGAUCCGAUGAGUUUCGACCCUUCGUCCGUCGUCUUCCUGAAUUCAAGUUCUGGUACUCUAUAACGAAGGCCUUUUGCAUUGCUUUCGUGAUGACGUUCUUCAGUGCAUUUGAUGUACCUGUAUUCUGGCCCAUACUUCUUUUCUACUGGGUGGUAUUGUUUGUGAUGACUAUGAGGAGACAAAUAUCACACAUGAUUAAGUACAAAUACGUACCAUUCUCCUUUGGGAAACAGCGAUACGAUGGAAAGCGAUCAUCUUCGACUGACAGCACAAGCCUACCUUCAUAAGGAUUUGAGCUCAUCAAGUAGUUUGCAUAUGUCCUCCUUUAAGUCCCGAUCCUGGGUGACAAAUAAUUUUGCAAUGUUAUGUUAGACACUAAACUUUAAGAAGAUUGGUGGUAGAGAAAGCCGUCUUGAGGGAUACUUUGGGCACCUUGGUAAUUGUCAAUUUCCCUGGAAUUCGUAUGAUCAAGCAUUUGAAGAUCAAGUGGUUGCUGACGCCCUCUUCUUUUUGCUUAUUAGUUUAGUUUGGGAAAUCCAUUUGUAUAGAACAGACCUGCCUUUUUUAGGCUGAAUAAUUUAUCCAGUGACAUGUACUUUUCAAACUUGUAGUGGGUAAUGUCCACUAUACUGUGCAACUGGCUUUACCUCAGGUUUAGUUUUCAGUUGUAUUUUUCUUUUUGCUGUUUACCUGAAAUUGGGCUCAGUGCAGCUUUUAUGGAAUUGAUUCGGAAGUCAUUUAUAUGGAUUAUUCAUCUCUUAUUUCCUGCUUUA